UCCACUCCGGUCACACUAAAGUGUCAGUCGUUUUCUCUACUUGUGUUCCGAAAAGCCGGAUAAAUUUGUUAAAAUGCUGUGGAAGGCGCUCCUAAUUGCCGCCUUGGCUAUUGCCCACUGCCAAGCGGUCCUCGAAACAGAUGCCAACACCCUUAUACUGCUGGACAACCUGGCCAUACGCGAGACCCAUUCCCUUUUCUUCAAGUCGCUACAAGAUCGCGGAUUUAAGCUGACCUACAAGCUGGCCGAUGACUCCAGUCUUCUGCUUUCCAAAUACGGCGAGUAUCUGUACAAGAAUCUGAUUAUCUUUGCCCCAAGUGUCGAGGAGUUCGGCGGCGAUAUUAGCGUGGAUCGUUUGGCUCAGUUCGUGGACGAUGGCGGCAACGUUUUGGUGGCGGGUAGUGAGAAGUCUGGUGACGCCCUCAGGGAAUUUGCGUCAGAGUGCGGCUUUGAGCUGGACGAGGACAAUGCUGCGGUGAUUGACCAUCUUCACUAUGAUGUCUCCGAUUCGGGAGAGCACACCACCAUUCUCACUUCGGCCAAGAACCUUAUUCAAGCGGACACUAUUGUUGGCAAGGCCAACAGGCAGGCGGAUGCCGCCCCUCUGCUGUACAGAGGCACUGGUCUAAUAGCGGAUAAGGAGAACCCACUGGUGCUGAAGCUCCUAACAGCGGAGAGCAGUGCCUAUAGCUACAAUCCCGAGUCCAGUGUCACGGAUUAUCCGCAUGCCGUGGGGCGUGGCACUCUGCUUAUUGCCGCUCUGCAGGCAAGGAACAACGCCAGGGUGGUAUUCUCCGGAUCCCUGCACUUCUUCGCCGACGAGAGCUUCACCACCGCGGUGCAGUACGCCCAGAGCGGUGUGUUCCAUAAGCAGGCGGGCAAUCGCGCCGUUGCCGAGUCCAUUAGUCAGUGGGUUUUCGGAGAGACCGGCCGCCUCCGCGUGGGAUCCGUUCAGCAUCACAAGGAGGGCGAGAACCUGCCCCCAGAGCAGGCCUACACCAUUACCGAUCCCGUGGUCUAUACCAUUGCCAUCGAGGAGCUGGUGGCCGGAGAGUGGCGCGCCUUUAAGGCCAACGAUAUCCAGCUGGAAUUCGUCCGCAUUGAUCCCUUCGUGCGCACCUAUCUGAAGCAGAUCAAGUCUGGUGCCUAUCAGGCCAAAUUUGAGAUCCCAGAUGUCUAUGGCGUCUACCAGUUCAAGGUGGACUACGAUCGUGUGGGCUACACCCACCUAUACAGCACAACGCAGGUGUCGGUCCGUCCACUGGAGCACACACAGUACGAGCGAUUCAUUCCCAGCGCUUUCCCCUAUUACACCAGCGCCUUCUCCAUGAUGAUUGGUGUCUUUGUGUUCUCGUUCGUGUUCCUGCACUUCAAGGACGAGCAGCUGGUCAAGGAGGACAAGAAGACGCAGUAGUUUGCAUCUGCAUAAAUCUGUAAUAAAUGUAAUACACAAAUAAAGAUUUAAUUCUUUACUUAAA